AGUCAUUUCGAGGUAAAGUCAAUUUUCUGUUGUGCUUCUAAAGAAUAUAAGCGAACUUUUUGUGAAAUCGCUGGUGGUCGAGUUCUUGGAAGAUUAUAAAAACAUGGAGAAGGGAAGUUUUGGUGCAUUGAAUCCGAAACGGCGACAGUGGAAAUCAGCAGAUUUAAUAAAGGCCAUAGCAGCAGUCAAGAAUGGAAAGAUGGGUUAUUUGAAGGCCGCAAAAACAUUCCAAGUUCCAAAAGGAACAGUAGAGAGGCAUGCUAAAAUGGAUGAAUCGCAAUCGAAUGCUAUCCUCUCAAAAAGACUAGGUCGACCGCCAGUUUUGAGCGAGGAACUUGAAAAUAAACUUGUACAGUAUGCACUCACAAUGGAGUCAAAGUUUUAUAGAUUGACAAGGAGAGAUCUUGAAUACAUGGCACAUCAAUUAGCCGAGGCAAAUAAUGUGCCAAAUCCAUUCCGGGAUCAAAAGGCAGGCAAAAAUUGGUUUUACGGUUUUAUGAGACGCCACAGUGAUAAACUGUCACUGCGUAAACCAACGGGCACAUCAUUUGCUCGUGCCUACGAUUUCACUCGACUAAAUGUUGAAACAUUUUAUGAUAAUUUAGAGAAUGUAUAUGAAAAGCAUCGAUUUACUCCUGAUAGAAUUUUGAACGUAGACGAAACUGAAAUUGCAAUUGUUCAAACAAAAACACCCAAGAUUUUAACAUUAAAAGACAAGAGACAGAUAGGUGCUUUAACUGUCCCUGAAAGAGGAAAACUGAUGACUGUCGUCAUUGCCAUGACUGCAGCGGGACAAUUUGUUCCUCCUCUGAUGAUAUUUCCUCAUAAGUUGAUGAAUCCCCAGCUCAUGAGAGGAGCUCCAGCCGGUGCGAUUGGCGCUGUACACCCGUCUGGAUGGAUUCAGACUAACUUGUUCACGCAGUGGUUCAAACACAUGAUCAACACUCUCCAGCCAUCUGCAGAGUCGCCUCUCCUAGUGGUAAUGGAUGGCCAUAAUUCCCACACUAGGAAUGUGGAUGUAAUCGAACUGGCGUUGAAGCAUCACGUCGUUAUACUAACGAUUCCGCCACAUUCAAGCCACAAACUUCAACCUCUCGACAAAACGUUCAUAGGGGCUUUGAAAGCGAACUACAGCGAAGAAAUUCGACUUUGGAAUCGACGCCACACUCGUCCUCUCGCAGUCUUCGACGUCGCUGAGCUUUUUAAUAACGCUUACGUUAAAGUGCAAAGGGCCUCAGUCGCAAUCAACGGAUUUCGCGAAACUGGGAUAUACCCUUUUAAUAGGCACAUUUUCACGGACGCAGACUUCAUUGAAGAAGUUAAUCAGGUUGGAGAAACAGACUUUCAUCAACAGCUCAUUGUUUCUGUUCAACAAGAAACUGACGGAGAAACAGUCAAACCUGAAGUCAUAGAAUCAAAAGAAAUGGAAAAUCCACCACCCCUACCAUCAUCAUCUAUGAUUGUUACGCAGGAUUAUCCUGAUCAAUUAGUAGCUGACGCUGAACAAAAGAAAAUAUCUGAUGUCAAGGUAUCAGCAAAACGAGGCCGAAAGAGGAAAUCCUCUGGGGACGAGGUAGCGAGGACUCUGACCACCAGCCGUCGACGAGGUCGUGGUCAUCCACGUUCUACUUCUUCAGACAAACGAAUGGAAACUUCUGAUUUGAGUGACCUUGAAGAAACAGAGGAGUUAAAGAAGCAUCCGGAUCCGAGAGACGAGUGCCUUUUCUGUGAGGCAAUGUACGAAGAUCAAAUAAAGGAGCCCUGGGUACAAUGCAUCUCCUGCUUCAGCUGGGCACACUCUGGGUGCGUGGGGGAAAUCAGUUACAAAUGGGUUUGUGACUACUGCAAAAACUAAAUAUAUAUAAACAACAGUAAAU